AUGGCUUCGUUCAUUGGAUGGAACCAUAAUCUGCGUCACUACACGAUGCUCCCAGAAGACGAGGUCAUCCCCCACCAGGUGUAUGUUGACCGACUCUCUGGCCUGAGCAUUCCAUGUGAGCUGUGUGGCUACAUUUCAAGUGAAUACCACAUCGUCUACCAAUGUUCCUGCUGUUGGAAGUACUACCACGAGCGCUGCAUCCACAGGCUCCGCACGGAUGAAGCCCGCGACAACGGGCGUCUGCUUACUUUUGGCUGUCCCCACAAUGGUGUUCCGUGGAAGCUUACGACGGCGUCGCCAGGUGUGACCAAUUCCUAUGGAAUCUGGAGUCAUGAGGAGAGUAUAGCCGUUGAUGCUGAGGCCGAAGAGAAGGGUGAGAAUGAGGUGCUGCAUGAGGAGGAGGACGACGACGACGACGAUGCGGAGGAUGAGAAUGAUGAUGACAACGAGGAGGAUGAUGAUAAUGAGAAUCAAGGGAAUGACGACGAGGAGAGCGAGGAAGAAACCGAGGAGGACAGCGAGGAGUCGGACGACAAAGACGACGAGGACUACAAACCCGGCGCCGAAGCAGGUCGCCAUCACCAUCGUCCCAGCCUGACUCGCAAGUCCCGCAGUGGUCGGUACAGCUUUCGCGUCGAUAAAGCCACCAAACAGAUUAUUUGCUCCUUUAACCUCCCGAGCACCGGGCAGCCUUGUGGACAUCGCUCGAGCAGUCGUCAGCAGCAGUACCGCCAUCAUCAACGUCUGCACGAGGCACACUACUUUCCCGCACUAGACCAGGCAACCAUCAAUGGCCUCUUAUCAGCUAUCUCCGAACGAUCCGCAUGUGCUCGAGUACUUCCCUCUACAUCCUCCUGCAAGACCGCAAUGGAAGCCCACAAGGUCGCGGUCGACGCCCUGGCCGCUCAGGUGAAGCAAUUCCACGCUCGCCAGGAACCCUUCCGGAUCUACCACGGCUCGACCAACUCCACGCGACAAUCACAACAUAACUCACGCAACACAAUCAGCACUGCCCACCUGAACAAUGUGCUCGACGUCAACGAAGCCACGGAGACCGUCACGGUCGAGCCCAACGUCCCGAUGGACGCACUGGUGGCCGCAACACUCCAGCACGGCCUCGUGCCCCUAGUGGUGAUGGAAUUCCCGGGCAUCACAGCGGGCGGCGGCUUCUCCGGCACAUCCGGCGAGAGCAGUUCGUUCCGCCACGGAUUCUUCGAUGCGACAGUACAACAGAUCGAGAUCGUGAUCCCUAACGGCGAGAUCCGGCGCGCCUCGCGCACCACCGACCCGGACCUCUUCUGGGGCGCGGCCUCCGCCUUCGGCACCCUCGGCGUGGUCACCCUACUGGAGAUCCAAUGCCGGCGCGCCCGCCCCUUCGUCGAGCUGAGCUACAUCCCGACGACCAGCAUGGCCGAAGCGAUGAAGGCCAUCCGCGCCGCCACCGCUGACCCGUCGACUGAGUACCUCGACGGUAUCGUCUUCGCAAAGGACCACAUCGUCAUCUGCGCCGGCAAACUGACCGAUGAGCUUCCCGGUCUCCCGCAGCAACGCUUCACCCGCCCCCACGACCCGUGGUUCUAUCUCCAUGCGCAGACCCGCGCUCCUCCCCCUUCAGGAUCUGCAUCGAUACCCCCACAGACGCCCCCAAAGGACCUGAUCCCCCUGCAAGACUACCUCUUCCGCUACGACCGCGGCGCCUUCUGGACCGGCCGCUACGCCUACGCCUACUUCCUCACCCCCUUCAACCGCGUUACACGCUACCUCCUCGACUCCUUCAUGCACACCCGCGUCAUGUACCACGCCCUGCACCAGAGCGGCCUCGCCGCCCAGCACGUCAUCCAGGACGUCGCCGUCCCCUACGCCGCGACCACCCGGUUCCUGGAUUGGUUAGAUGAGCCCCAGAACUUCGGCGCCUAUCCCAUCUGGCUCUGUCCACUGCUGCGCAAGAGUGAGCAGGGCGGGCUAUUGCAGGGACAAGUCCCAACCCCAUCCCAGUCGCAGUCGCCUGAGGCGGGUGCAUACCCCCAGGGAAAGCACGCACCACCCAACCCCCAAGAAAACCCCCAAGCAAAAGAAAAAGAAAAGGAUGAGAACUACCUAAUGAACUUCGGCCUCUGGGCCCCCUCCCCGCACCGCGGGGGUGCCUUCAUCGCGCAGAACCGCGCACUGGAAGGCAAGGUGCAGAGCCUCGGCGGGAAGAAGUGGCUGUAUGCGCAUGCGUACUACACCGAGCACGAGUUCUGGGAGAUCUAUGAUCGGAGACGGUACGAUGCGUUGCGGGAAAGGUAUCAUGCGGCGUAUUUGCCGGAUUUGUUUGAGAAGGUGCGUGUCAAUUUGGAUGCGUUGGAUGUUCUCAAAAAGGAGGGGUGGGGGCCGUAUCUUAGGAGGAAGGCUUGGGGUGUUUGGCCUUUUAGUGGGCUUUAUGGGGUUUGGAGGGCUUGGUGCCGGGGGGAGUAUUAUUUGAGUGGGUAG